CCUGCCUUAUGCCUGACCCUAACAUUUGGUGCCGAAACCCAGGAGGAGGUGGUAGCUCGCCUCCCUCGGCUGAACUCCCCCCUUCUCACCAAGCCAGAUGCCAACCAGCCUACUCUCAAGAGCCUACAGGAGCCGGGACAACAGACUCGCAACACCUCCACGUGGCGAGGCUUCACCCGGAUGGGACUCUGCCUUCCAACUGCUGGAGAUGGAGGAUGACUACUGACAAGGCCCAGACUCAGUAACUCUGGUGACCCACGCUGAGCCCAGGGUAAAACUCCAGGUAGCGGGUAAGUCCAUCUCCUUUCUGUUGGACACGGAGGCUACCUAUUCCGUCCUGCCGAGCUAUUCUGGCCCCACUACGCCAUCCUCCAUUUCGGUCAUGGGCAUAAAUGGCACCCCCUCCAUUCCCCCAUGCACACCGGUACUCACCUGCUGCCUGGAUGGCCUCCACUUCUCCCACUCCUUCCUAGUCAUCCCCUCCUGCCCCGUCCCCCUGUUGGGCUGAGACAUCCUCAGUAAAUUAGGAGCCUCUAUACAUUUACCAGCUAUUUGCUCCUCUCCCUCCCCCACUCAUCUCCUACUGACUGUUAUCACAGACGACACAGACCACAGCCUCAACCCACACCCAGACCUCCCAAUAGACCCAAUCGUAUGGGAUACAUCCACCCCAACAAUUGCCACCCAUCACCAACCUGUCCUCAUUAGACUCAAAAAUCCAUCACAAUUCCCAUCUAGACCCCAAUACUCAAUCUCCCACACUCCAGACUAGGCCUAAAGCCCAUCAUUGAUCGCCUACUCAAGGAGGACCUCCUAAUCCCAUGUCAUUCCCCCUGCAACACCCCAAUCUUGCCUGUAAAAAAGCCAAAUGGCUCAUAUAGACUAGUUCAAGACCUCCGAAUAAUCAAUGAAGCUGUAAUUCCCAUCCAUCCAGUAGUGCCCAACCCAUAUACCCUCCUCUCCCAAAUCCCCCCAUCCACGACCCGUUUUACAGUGCUUGAUCUCAAAGAUGCCUUUUCCACCAUUCCCUUACAUCCUGAGUCCCAAUUCCUCUUUGCCUUCACAUGGCAAGAUCUAGUCACUUCUCUGGCCUGCCAACUCACAUGGACGCUACUUCCCCAAGGAUUUCGUGAUAGUCCCCAUCUCUUUGGGCAGGCCUUGGCCAGGGAUCUCCUCAAAGCCCCACUCUCCAGUCACUGUACUCUACUACAGUACAUAGAUGGCCUUCUAUUAUGUGGAACCUCUUUCAACCACACGAAACAAGAUACAGUCCAAAUCCUAAAUUUCCUGGCUAACCUGGGGUAUCGAGUCUCCCCACACAAAGCCCAAAUCUGUACUAAUACAGACAUAUUCCUGGGAGUCUCACUCACACCUACUACCAAGGCCCUAACCCAAGAUUAUCUUCAAGCCCUCCAGACCCUGUCCCCACCUACCAAUGCAGACGAAAUCCUCUCCUUCCUGGGUCUAGUAGGCUUCUUCCAACACUGGAUCCCUAACUUUGCUAUACACGCAGCCCCCCUAUACAAAGCAGCCAAAGAAACCCCCCAAGGCCCACUCUCCAUCCCAGGAUCGGGCGCAAGGGCCUUCCAACCGCUGGUCACAUCUCUAGUCACUCAAUCGGUCCUUUCCCUCCCUAAUGUUUCAAAGCCUUUCCUCUUAUACACAGAUGAGAGGGCUGGAAUUGCAACAGGGCUCCUAACCCAACCCUGUGGCCCUAUGUUACAAGCUAUCGCCUACCUUUCUAAACAACUGGACCCUACGAUCAGGGGGUGGCAACUCUGCCUCAGAGCACUUGCAGCAGCAGCCACUCUAACCCAAGAGGCAUUCAAACUCACCCUACACUGCCCCCUAACAGUACUUUCACCGCACUGUCUAUCUGAUCUCCUUACACAUAAGGCCCUGGCACACCUCUCCCCAUCACGCAUACAAUUGUUCCAUCUGCUCUUUAUUGAAAAUACUGAAAUAUCUCUCCAACUCUCCCCCAGACUCAAUCCUGCCACGCUACUUCCACAAAUCAACCCCAAAGACACUUCACAGCCACCCUUCCACUCCUGCACUGAACUUAUAGAUAUUCUCUCCAAACCUCCAUCUAACUUAAAGGACCUUCCCCUCACUUCCCCUGAUCUCACCCUAUUUGUAGACGGCAGCUCACUAGUUGACUGCAAGGGCCACCGACGAGCAGUGUACACUGUAGUUACAUUAAACCAAACUCUAGAGACCCAGACUUUAUCCACAGGAACCACAUCCCAGAAGGCUGAACUCACAGCCCUCAUUAGGGCUCUCCAAUUGUCCAGAAACAAAAGGGUCACAAUAUACACAGACUCAAAAUACGCUUUCCUUAUUGCACAUACACACUCCCACUUAUGGGAAGAAAGAGGAUUCCUCACAACUAAGGGUACCCCCAUCAUCAAUGGGCCACUCAUGGCGAAACUCCUUGAGGCCCUCAAACUCCCACAGGAAGUGGCCAUUGUCCACUGCAAGGGCCAUCAACCCCUAACCACAGAGAUAGCUACAGGAAAUCACAAGGCUGACAACACCGCUAGACAAACAGCUCUCUCUCUCGACCCAGUUCCUAUGGGCAUCCUCACCGAAGAUACCACUCCCGAUUAUACCCCAGAUGAACAAAAACAAUACAUGGCCCAUCCCAAUGCCCACGCCAACGCAGGCUGGACCAUGCUGGGCCCCCGACUGGCCCUCCCAAAUAGCCUAGUCCCUUCCCUACUAACAAAAAUCCACAAAACCCUACACAUUGGGCCGGAGGUCACCUUCCGCUUCCUUGAGCCCUUUAUGUACCACCCCCACCUACGACAACUGAUCACCAAAACACACCAACAAUGCACCACAUGCUCUGCAGUCAGUUCCCAAGGGAGAAUGAGGCACCCAGGCCCCACUCAUCAGAUGCGGGGCCAUCUCCCGGGCGAAGACUGGCAAAUAGAUUUCACUCACAUGCCAAAACACAAAAAAUUACGGUAUCUCCUUACUAUAAUUGACACCUUUACAGGGUGGAUAGAAGCCUUCCCCACCUCAUCUGAAGGGGCCUCCACAGUGGCUGAGAUCCUACUCAAGGACAUCAUUCCCCGCUUUGGUCUACCAAGAAGGAUGCAGUCUGACAACGGGCCCACUUUCAUCUCAGCAGUCACCCAGGAGGUCUCCAAAGCUUUGGGUAUUACUUGGAAACUCCACAUACCACACCACCCCCAGUCCUCGGUUUCCCAGGUCGCAUUUCAUCGGAUGGUGGUCCGGCCCUAUUCCUGCAUUCCAACCUCAGACCCCACAUACUAUGGCAUCACCCUUACACCCGCAGGAAGCAGCCAGAUCAGAUCCCUCGCCCAUUAUCACCAAUAAGAGGUUGGAAUGUUAGGAUGUCCCUGGAAGGGGAUGGCCCUCUUGCCAGCACGCCCGAACAAACUGAAGCCCUGAGCAGCGUACUGGAACAAACUGAAGGUCAACCAAUCACCGAGCGCCAUCACAACCUGGCACAAGAGAAAGACCCACCCGAGCCUAAACCCAGAACUGCCGCAGCUUAAAAACCCUACCCCACCAUACCUGGGCGCGACUUCCCUGACUCCUCUCUCUCUCUCCCUGAGUCACAGAACCUCGCCCGAGACCUUAGUUCCCAAAUAAAGCCUUUGCUAAAUUU